UUCCUAAAAAUUUUUUCAUAUACUAAAAAAAAAAGCAAAUUCUUAGCAUCAGUCAAGUGUAUGGUCCUAUUACCUAGAAGACUGCGCACGAUUUUACAAAAGAUUGAAUUAAGCAUAUCAUUGAAGUCUCUUUUCAUGAUUCAGCAACUUUCUCGAAGAGCUGAAUUUUUGAAAAUUGUUCGAUAUAAUCACAUGGACAAAACUGGACACUUUAUUCGUUCUCCUCAGAUUUCAAAAGGAAUUGUCAAGCAGGUAACUGAUAUUUCACCAACUAUCAAAUUGUUAAAUAUCUACAUUGAGAAUCAAAAGUUUAAUUUUAAACCAGGUCAAUGGGUUGAUUUUCAUAUACCAGGUGUUAAUGUUGUUGGUGGAUACUCCAUAUGUUCUUCUCCUCAGCUACUCAAGAGUGACUCCUCUUUAAAUUUAGCUGUUAAAUACAGCACACAUGCUCCAGCAUAUUGGGUCCAUAAAAAUUGUAAAUGUGGUGAUGAAGUUUCACUUGCUGUUGGUGGUGAACUCUUUUACUCAAGAAACAAUCAUAACUUAAAUGAUAAUUUAUUAUUGAUAGCUGGUGGUGUGGGCAUAAAUCCUCUUUUUUCUAUAUUCCAUGACAUUUACUUAAAUAAUUCAGUUUACAAUGAAGUUAAAAACAAAACAUUUAUGUUAUACUCAGCGGUUAAUGAUCAUGAACUAAUUUUCAGAGAUGAGUUGGAUAAAAUUGCUUUAAGAAAUAGUUCUAUGAAAGUGUCUUAUUUUAUCACAAAGCCUGUUGCAAAAAUAGAAAUUGUUGAACAAAAAGAAAAUAUCAUAU